GAUCUAAGUUGAUAUUGUGGUGUUUUGUGUCAGCUCAAACAUAGUCCUCCUCUUUUUCUAACUUGAAAAUCUUUUCGAGUAUUCUGCAAGUUAUUGAUCUCACAAAGCUCAGUCAGCUGGAAUGGCAGAUUCUCUAGGGUUCUUGGGCCUGUCGGGUUUGGCCCUUAUUGCCAUUUAUGGCUUCGUUGGAUUAGCCGCGUCAGUUUUACUCAAUGCUUGCCGUCAGACAUUUUUCCACAGCAAGAGUGAACCACCGGUUGUGUUUCAUUGGAUCCCCUACAUUGGCAAUGCCAUCUCUUACGGCAUGGAUCCCGUGGCUUUCUUCGCCAAGUACCGUGCAAAGGUGUGUUCUGCUGCAAUCUCGCGAAGGAGCUACCAAAGCUCCUCAGAAUCAUUUGGCUAAUGUUGGGUCAGUAUGGUGAUGUUUUUACUUUCACUCUUUUCGGCAGGAAAAUGACCUGCUAUCUGGGAAUCGAGGGAAACGACUUCAUUCUCAACGGAAAGCUUCAGGACAUCAACGCCGAGGAGAUUUACGGACCGCUUACGAUACCUGUCUUCGGGAAGGAUGUUAUCUACGACUGCCCCAACUCGAAGUUGAUGGAACAGAAGAAGUUUGUCAAGUUUGGACUGACACAAAAGGCUCUGGAGUCCCAUGUUCCCUUGAUUGAGAAGGAAGUUGUCGAUUACAUCAAGAUGAAACCUGCGUGGAAGGGUGCGUCGGGUAUUGUUGACAUCUCUGCCGCCAUGUCUGAGAUUACACUGUUCACGGCAGCGCGUUCACUGCAGGGAGAGGAGGUCAGACGAAAGCUGACGGCUGAGUUUGCGGAGCUGUACCACGACCUGGACAUGGGAUUCACCCCGAUCAACUUCCUCUUUCCCUGGCUACCUCUACCCCGAAACCGCCGUCGCGAUGCUGCGCACAACAGGAUGCGAGACGUCUACGAGGACAUCAUUAUCCAACGUCGCAAACACGACCUCGAUGCCGAUGACGAGUACGAUAUGCUCUGGAAUCUCAUGAACUCCAAUUACAAGGACGGAACACCGGUGCCCGAUAAAGAAGUGGCAUGCAUGAUGAUUACGCUCCUCAUGGGAGGUCAGCACUCAUCAUCUUCAGCCAGUGCAUGGAUCAUGCUUCGCCUAGCCGCGCAUCCCGACAUCGCGCAAGAGCUCUAUCAAGAACAAGUGCAGAACCUUGGCCAUGGAGACCAACAACGACUGCCACCGAUGCAAUACUCUGACCUAGAUAAGCUCCCACUUCUGCACAACGUCGUCAAAGAGACGCUUCGCCUCCAUGGCUCCAUUCAUUCCAUCCUCCGCAAAGUAAAGAGUCCUCUGACCAUCCCCGGAAGUCCUUACGUGGUCGGCACUGAUAAGGUGCUGCUGGCUUCGCCAAUGGUGACUGCCAUAAGCGAUGAGUUUUUCCCAGACGCAAAAGCCUGGAAUCCUCAUAGAUGGGAUGAGCCACAGCCCGGCGAUGACGUUGUUGACGCCAACGAUGUUGUAGACUACGGAUAUGGUGCUGUUUCAAAGGGCACAAGGAGUCCUUAUAUCCCGUUCGGCGCUGGGCGACACCGUUGCAUCGGCGAAAAGUUUGCUUAUUUGAACUUGGGCGUCAUUGUCGGCACUAUUGUGCGUAACUUCAAACUGAGCACCGUGGAUGGGAGAACAGGCAUCGUGCCGCCGACGGAUCACACAUCCAUGUUUGCGCGCCCAGUUCAGCCUGCGCUCAUCCGUUGGACCCGUCGCGAGUAGGACUAAAGAGCGCCGGACUUAUGCAACACCGGCACGCAAGUCUCAUUCCUUUCUCUCCUUUAAAUUCCAAUAAUAAUGACAAUGUUGGAUACUUUAAACCUAAAUCCCAGGCGUCAGGAUACAAAAUACAUUGACGGUGAUGAACAACUUGACAAUCUAAACUGAACUGAUAUAACUACACGGUGAUUAUCCUGCAUUCCGAAUUCAGGAGA